UCGCGCUGAGGAGGUGGGGGGUGAGGGAAACGCUGGCGAUAGCCUGACUUUCGCCCCCGGGCGAACAGGAGAGUCCGCCGAGAAACUGCGUCAAAGAGCAAGCAGCUCAUCCUAACGUGGAUCGGGGCAGCGGUGCUUAGGGCGGGCCUCAGAGGCUCACACACGUAUCGCCAGGGGUAGAACCGGCUCUCUCCGGCUUGGACUCGGGGCGGCUCCCCGCCUGCAGCCCCGGAAGCGCAUCCUCACCUUCCCUCGCCUUCCUGUUCCUGGCGGUGCCGGGCUCCGCUCUUCUUCUCUUAGGGCUGGUGCUGGCCCUGCCCACGCCUGGGGCUCCGGCGCGUCACGGGCCUCAGCUGGGAUUCCCGCGCCCCUCGGACGGCCACGAGACUCAGAGUACUCGCAGCAUCUCUCCUGAGCUCCGAGUGUGAAUCCCUGGGAAAAGCUGAAUCCAGAGGUGGGGUCACAGAGAGCCGCAGGCCCGACAGGGAUAAGUCCUAAUCGGCGCUCUAGGGGCGUUCUAAAAGAAGGAAGGAAGGGGAUUUGAAAGGAUUGCUCCCGCAGGGCUGUGGCCUUGAAGAGGUGGUGACUGGCAGGUUGGACUGACCUGCCGUGGGCUCUCCCUUCCUCCCCAAUUUACCUUCGAGAAACCCUCGUUGAGGAGACACCCAAGGGCUGAGUCUUCCUCCACUUUGACCUUUUGCUAUCCCAUCACAAAGAAAAAAUGGAUCCCAAAGUUAAGAAAUGGACCAGCACUUGUUUAGAAUCAGGACUUGUGCCUUGGUGUUUGGCCUCUUACCUCUGCUAGCCACAUGGCUUGCUUACAAGUUAAUUGGAUUAAUCAAACGCUUUUAUGAGAAAGUUUUGUUGUGCCACCUGGCAGCCUCGGGUGUUCCCUAAGAGAGAUUUCUUUCUUAGAUGUAUUACUACUUUUUCUAGGGAUUAGCCAAGCCUAGCAUCUCAGAUCAUAUUGCUCCAGGUUCCCUCAAAUGACUGAUAAGAAUGUGAUGUCUUUGUUUUUGUUUGUUUGUUUUUGAGACGGAGUCUCACUGUGUCGCCCAGGCUGGGGUGCAAUGGUGCGAUCUCGCUCACUGCAACCUCCACCUCUCUCUACCUCCCGAGUUCAAGCGAUUCUUGUGCUUCAGCCUCCCGAGCAGCUGGGACUACAGACAUCUUUCGAGGAGCAGCGUGAGGAGGACAGAAGCACCCAACAGGACUGCUCAAGCCACCUGCCGACACUGCUGCCACUAUGCCCAAGAGAAAGGCAAAAGGAGAUGCUAAAGGUGAUAAAGCAAAGGUGAAGGAUGAGCCACAGAGGAGAUCAGCGCGGUUGUCUGCUAAACCAGCUCCUCCAAAACCAGAGCCCAGGCCUAAAAAGGCCUCUGCAAAGAAGGCAGAGAAGCUUCCCAAAGGGAGAAAGGGGAAAGCAGAUGCUGGCAAGGAUGGGAACAACCCUGCAAAAAACCGAGAUGCCUCUACACUCCAGUCCCAGAAAGCGGAAGGCACUGGGGAUGCCAAGUGAAAUGUACAUUUUUGAUAGUUCUGUACUUAUAAUGACUCUACUGUUUGAAAUACUAUUUUUUUAAAUCAAGUUUUAUAAAACUGUAGAAUUUUGGCUCUCUUUUUUAAGUUAUGUUGUUAGCACACAGGACACUUCCUUGUUGUCUUUUGUGGAAAGGGCAAGUACCACUAAUAGGGUGUAUCUCAGAAACUGAAUUGAUAUAAGGGAAAAUAGGAUUUUCUGUCCUGGUUUUUGAAGAUUGUUCUUGAUUCCCAGGAGAGAUUCUCUGACAUUCACAUGUCAGCCACUUUGGCACAGAAGCCUUACAGUGUGGGGAACCAAAACUUCGUGUCUCCUCUUUCCCUGAUGCCAUCAGCAUAGACUUGACUUCCUUAAACCGAGAGUUUUGAUGUGGCCUUGGCAACCCUAAAAUCAACUGUGUUAGGUAACAAAACUCAGGCUUUCUGUUGAUGACAUCAAGAUGGUGUCACUUAAAAGAGCCAAGAUUCCUGUUUUCAGUUUGUGGAUUCAUCCUGCUGGUUUUACUUUAUUCCCUCCAUGUCAAAGUGGGCCUGUGAAAAGCUCAUACAUGCCUCAUGUGAAGUGUCCACCCUCUCUGAAAAUCUUUCUUGUUCAAAACAGCAGCGACGUAUGUUGUUAACUUUUACAGUGACUUUUGGAGGAGGGGAGUUUGGAAAUUGUAAAAUGUUAUAGAUUGUUGCCUAUUUCCUGCUGAAAGUAAAUGUUUUUAAAAAGUAUCAUAUAAAGCUGAAUACAAGUUGGUUUGGGGGGAGAUCCUUUCCUACCCAAAGUCAUAAAUAUAUUCUUUACUGCCUUGUGGAAAUUUUAUAAUUUUGCCUUUCACAUUUGUCUUUAGUCUGUCCUGAACUGAUUUUUGUGAAAAUUAUGAGUUAGAAAUUCAGUUUAACAUUUUUCAUAUUUCGAAGUGGUUGUCUCUGCACUAUUUACUGAAAAGUUCAUCCUUUCCCCAGUGAUUUGUAACACUGCCUCUUUCAUAAAUUAAAUUUUUGUGUAUGUGUGUGGGUCUUCUGGUGGUUUCUAUUCUGACUGACAUCAAUUUGUCUAAUCUUGUAGCAGUACAAUACAGUCAUGAUUAUUGCAACUUUAGGAAAAGGUCUGAUAAAAACCAAGAUGCCUCCACAUUUUUUCAUAAUUGUAACCAAUUUCACCUCUGUCUCCAGUAUCACCACAAAAUUUUUCUUCCUUGGAGUGUCUUGGCUAUUCUUAGCCAACUGUUCCUCCAUAUUACUUCUAGAAUUAGACCGACAAUUUAUAAAUCAAACAAACCCAAGAACAUUGAAAUUUUGAUUGGAUUUUUAUUGAAUUUAUAGAUUAAUCUGGUAAACCAUGUCAUCUUUACAAUGUUGUCUUCCAAUACAUGAAUAUGGUACAGCUCUCCAUUUACUUAGGCCUUUGAAGUAUCUUUCAAUAAAGUUUAUAAUUUUCUCCAUGAA